AUGCUCAACCAUCCACAGCCUCAUCAGCAUGAAGAUGAUCCAGACCAAGAAGACAACUUUGAUGCCAUGAGUGACCCUGCCAUGCUUGGUGAACUAGACAAUAUGUCUUUGGAAAGUGGCGAUGACUAUACAGAUGCCGAAGAUGACUUGUGCUUGCCUACUAAACAAGCAAUGGCCAAAUCUGAAGCAACCAAAAUGCUACCCAGUACACCUGCACCUUUGACCACGAAAUGUGGCAGCCGGUGGCGAAAGAACCUGAUACAUUUUGGCACUAAGGAACACUUAAAAUCGAUUGAUGAAGGACAUGACACAAACUUGUUAUCACGUUCCAAAGUGGAAAUUAUCUCAACAACCGGUCGUGCUGCAGUUGAACAUGCAGAGGAAUUCGUGCACAAAGUGUGGGAGGCUGGAUGGAGGGUAGCCCACCAUGGCUCUCUCCCGGACUGGCUAAAAGAUAAUGAGUAUCUCAUGAAAGGUCAUAGACCCCCGACAAACUCUUUUGCAGCUUGCUUUAAAUCUAUUUUUCGAAUCCACACUGAAACAGGAAAUAUAUGGACACAUUUGUUAGGCUUCAUCGCAUUUAUAGGUGUAGCAGUUUACUUUCUAACACGACCUUCUGUGGAAAUACAAUGGCAGGAAAAAGCUGUAUUCUCUGCAUUUUUUGCCGGUGCCAUUCUUUGCCUAGGCUUCUCUUGGAUCUUCCACACAGUAUAUUGUCACUCAGAAAGAGUUGGAAAAUUCUUCAAUAAAUUAGAUUACUGUGGAAUUGCUCUUUUGACAAUGGGAUCCUUUGUACCUUGGCUAUACUACAGUUUUUACUGCCGUCUCGAACCCAAAAUUGCCUAUCUUAUUCUUAUAUUUGUCUUGGGUAUAUCUUGUAUUGUUGUAUCAUUAUGGGACAAGUUCAGUCAGCCUCAAUAUAGGGCUGUCCGAGCAGGUGUCUUCAUUGGUCUGGGUUUAAGUGGAAUCAUUCCUGCCAUGCACUAUGUUAUAACCGAUGGCUUCUAUCAUGCCAUUAACUGUGCCUCCCUUGGAUGGCUUGCACUCAUGGCACUUUUGUACAUAUCAGGGGCUAUCAUUUAUGCAGUACGCAUCCCAGAACGAUUAUUUCCUGGCAAAUUUGAUAUCUGGUUCCAAAGCCAUCAAAUCUUUCAUGUAUUUGUGGUGGCAGCUGCGUUUGUUCAUUACCACGGCAUAACAGCAAUUGCCAACUACAGACUGACCCUGGGUGAUUGUCUGGAGACGAAGGAUUCCUGA